AUGUUUCCAGUUUUGAAAUACGCGGCAGAUGACAGGGAAGAACUGGAAGAAACUAGAAUCUCUGGUAGAUCCAGCGAUACAAAGUCGAUCGGUAGCCUCAGUCAACAUUUCUUCGAAAGCGACGAAGAUGAGAAAUAUUACGGCACUUGCAAUGGUUACGCUUCGCAGCCUGGCAGCAAGUCAAACUUAUUGUUAUGCAGCGAAUGUGAUCAGAAAACCCGUACCUGCACGUACAGACCACAAACGCCCGGCUCCUAUUCCAGUAGAUACGUCGAGGAACGUUUCGACGAUCGACUUCAGGAACCGGGAACUUCCCGCACGUACAAAAGCCCGAUUCAUAUGUCUUCUUCUCCUCGGUCGGUGUAUCACGAUCAAGAGCAUAGCGGUCAAUCAUCUUCACCUAGGUCGUUGUAUCGUGAUCAAGAGUAUCGAAGAGUUUGGCCCAAGAAAUACGAACAGGAGCAUGACCGAAGAGACUACGAAGACAGAGACCCGAAGCAGGACGAUGACAGUCCUGUCUGCGAAGUCUGUCAUGGAAACGGUCAUGUUGUUCAAUGCGAACAUUGCGAUUUUUCUAGCGAAGGUGAUUUAAUAUGCUUCCGAUGUCAGAGCGACGAAGGCUCGUCGAAUGGUCAAAAUUGUCCUCGUUGUGAAAAAGAUGACAGAAUAUUAUCGAGUAGUAGGGUAGGAUCGCAAAGGGGAACAACGUCAUCGAGUGACGAAGGAAAGUACCCGGUGGAUGCUGUAGUCAAAAUCCAGGUUAACGACCAUAUGAUUGACGUAGACUCGGAUGAGACACCUGAAAGUGACUUAUCAAGUAGUCAUCACCACCAGAGGGGUACAAUGGACCGACUAGAUACUAUUGUCGAGGCAAAGGGAGACACUGCCAGUGAAAAUGACGAGGAAAACGGCGGUACAAAACUAAAUGGAACUAACAGCGCAAGAUAUCUCAAUUAUAUGAUCGUACUGUUUCUGUAAAUAACAUGGUUAUGGUGGCUGCAGUUGAGCUAUGGAUCACGUUGGUAAAUGGAGAGUGUUGUUUCGUCGAAAUUAGCAAUCGACAGAUGAUAAAUACAGACACGCUUCUAAUACCUUAUAAGUUUUAAAGUUUCGAAUGAUUUCAUAAUAUCUAUACGACAUUGUAUAGCACACUUAUUAUAAUACUGUUAUAAUAACAUACUAUUUAUAUGCUAGUAGUAUACUAUUAUAACAUACUGUUAUACUCCUAUAAAAACAAACCACUUUCUAAUAGUAUUUCGCUAUAGGGUGAUAUAACUUAAAAUAGAAAAAAUAUAUAGCAGAAUACACAUAUACAUUACAAGUUUCGAUAGAUAUUCUUUUCACGAUACGAUAGCAGACUGCUGCUGUGUUCGUUUUGAGUAGAAUUCUCUGAUGAAGCAAAGUAGUUGACGUUACCCUACUAAAAUCGUGUCUCACCUCUGUUAAUUAUAACUCUGUAAUUAUCUCUAUUUUGAUUACGAAGCACGAAGUAAAUAUAAAGUGAAACUUGGAACGAUUCGGUAUAUCAAAAUUAUGGUUACCAUAAACAUUCUCAAGAUGGAUAAAUAGAAACGUUUCAAGCCCUUUUAUACGCGUAUACUAUUUCUAAACACUCUGAUGAACGAUUUUUGACGAACAUUUGAGCGGAUCGAGCCGCUAAUAUCCGCAACGACACUCUCCAUCCAAGACGAAGCAUUUUCAAAAGUGAUAGUUCGCUGCACGAGAGAAAAGAUCUAUUGAUUUUUUACGUGUCUGGCGACUUUUCAAAAUGUUCCGUGCUUCACAGGUUGCUUGACAUCGAAAUUCGUUGCCGUAUGAUAUUUUCGGCGCCAUGGCUCAACUCGCGUGUAAAUAAACUGCCAAUGGAACAUUCAUCCGUAUAUCGUAGGGCCGUAUAGGUUAAUAGAUAACUCAUAACGUUUAAAAUGCUACUUGAGAGAAUGAGGAAGAAAGAAAGGAAGAUCGAACGAGAGAGUGGAGAGAAGAAAGAGAGAAUGAGAGAGGGAGAGAUGUUAUAUUACGUUGGACACGCGCAGCGUUACCAUAAGCUGAGAUCCAUAAUGCAACGAUCGACACGAUUCCAUGCGCGACUUUUAGAAUGGGUUUGUGCAGAAAUCGUGCUCGUUUUAACUUGUAUCUUUAUCGUCUUUCUUUUCAUAAUUCGUUCUUUUCAAAUGUUUUGUACCAAAUUCGUUUUAUCUCCCUCGAAGUAAUUCUUCAUCGUUGGUAUAGAAGAUGUAGAAUUACAAUGAAUAAGAAAGAAAUUAGUUUACUCGUUAUAUAUCGUUUGUUACGUGCAUUUAUCGAAACAAAUUGAACGUAUUAAUUGGAGAUGUGUGAUCUGUGUUUGACAUGUUGUCAUUGUGUCAAAUGUUUCGUUCAUCAACUGAUAAAGAUUUGUACACAAACCUGAGUAACUCAUGUUCGGGACCAACUAAAGCCACCAUCUGCAUCACUGCUUCCGACUUCUGCUUUCAUUUCAUGGUCAUUAGAUUUCAUAUUUUCUUUUUUCUUUUCUUCUUUUUUUUUUUUUUUUU